AAUUCUUUUUGUUGAGGAUAGCCAAAACUCCUAUUUCUAAUAUGGAUACAAUGGUUUGAUGUAUUGCAAUACGAACGUUCCACAUAUUUUUGUAAUCGAUAUAGCAGAUAAGAUUUAUUUAUUUAUUGCAUAUCUUUGGAAAUAUUUUGACUACAAAAAAAAAAAAAAUAAAAAUUUCAAAAUAAAGCAUGUCAAUUGAAAUCCAGAGUGAUAUCCGUGUGGUCGUCUCAAUCGACUUCGGAACAACAUUUUCAGGAUAUGCAUAUGCUCACAAAGAAAAUCCCAAAAAUAUUACUGUUCAAAGUGAAUGGGAAACGACCGGAGCUUCCUUUAAAACUCCAACCGUCAUAAAGUAUGAAGAUGAUUCUUAUACUAAAAUUAGUUCGUGGGGAUUUCCCGCAUUAGCCGAAAAACCAGUGAAGAAAAAGAAGACAAAAACUUCAUCAAAACCUAUCGAAUUGUUUAAAUUACAUUUAGUAAAAUCAUUAGAAAAAAAACCUUUUUUGCCCAAAGAUUUAAAUUAUAAAAAUGUUAUUAGAGAUUAUUUGAAAAAAUUGGGUGAUCAUAUUAAAGAAAGUUUAGAACGUCACUGGAGGAAUGUAGAUUUUUAUAAGCACGUAUUAAUUGUUCUUACAGUUCCUGCGGAAUUUGAUGAUAAAGCCAUUGAAACAUUUCGUGAAUGUGCUAUCAACGCAGGUUUAUUGAAAGAUAAAUAUAAUACUAAUAAUCUCAAAUUUACGACAGAACCUGAAGCAGCUGCAAUCUGUUGUCUGAAUCCAACAACAAGAGAAGAGCAUCAUUUAACUACGGGAGAUUCGUUUAUGAUUGUUGAUUGUGGUGGUGGUACCGUUGAUUUAACAACACGCGAGUUAUUAGAAGAUGAAAGAUUAAGCGAAAUAACAGAACGUUCAGGAGACUAUUGCGGAUCAUCCUUCAUAGAUCAAGCAUUUCUUGAGUUUGUUGAAGAAAAAGUAGGCAAAGCUGCAAUCGAAUUAGUUAAAAACAAUCAUUAUAGUCAAUUACAAUAUUGUGUACAAGCAUUUUGUAAACAAGUAAAAAUACCGUUUACAGGGGAUGAUUCAAACCCUGGUGAGGAUUUAGAUUUAGAAGAAUUGUUACCAGCGAUACAACAAUACGUAACAGGAGAGGAAAAGAAUAGAAUGGAAGAAGAAGAGUGGUUAAUCAAACUAAGUUUUGAGGAUAUUAAAGGGAUGUUUGAUCCUGUUAUAGAUAAAAUUAUAAAUUUGAUUAAGGAUCAAUUGGACAAAAAUGAAAAGGGAUGCUCAACUAUGUUUUUAGUGGGAGGAUUUAGCGAAUCUAAAUAUUUACAAACUAGAAUUAAAGAAGAAUUUGGCGAAAUUGUUCCAAACAUUUCAGUUCCGCCUCAACCUAUUACAUCGGUUGUAAAAGGAGGUGUUUUAUACGGACUCAAGGAAAAAACUGUGAAAGAUCGCAUAUUAAAACGAACAUAUGGUACUGAAAUAGUACGAAGAUGGAAACAACCUGAUCCGCUUUCGGAAAGACUUCCAAAUGGAUUAACUGUAGCUUUCGAAAGACUAGCACAACGUGGUGCAAGAUUACCUCGAGAUAACAAAUUCACCAAAAAGUUCAAGCCUCUGUCAUUAUUACAACAAAAAAUAAAUUUUGAUUUAUAUGCUACAGAAGGAAGUGAUGCAAAAUUUUGUGAAGAUCCUGGAGUGAGUAAGCUUCACAACUGGGAAAUUGAGUUACCAGAGAAUGAAAAUCUCGAGGAUACAACAAUUUUAUUUACUUUAUCUAAACGGGUAAAAAAUAUCAGUGUGAAAUCAAAUAUGAAUAAAUUCAUAAUCAAAUCUAUAAUUCUCGUACUUUUAUUUAACAAUCGUAAAUUAUAAUUAUAAAAUAAAGUAUUAAUUAAUUGUUCAAUCAGUAUUUUCUAAAUAUAUUUGUAGUAUUAUUUAAUUAGUCAUUUAUAACUUAAAUUUUGAAUUAAAAGUCGAGUUUAUCACAUUC